GGCGGCCGCCGUGGACGCGUCACGCCCGGGGGAGGUGCUGUACGUCCAAGAUGGCGGCGCCCUGUCGGCUGGAAGAACUGUGAGGUAAACAGCUGAGGGGGAGGAGACGGUGGCGACCAUGAAGGACACCAGGUUGACAGCACUGGAAACUGACGUACCAAUUGUCCCCAGCACAGUCUGGUAGUGGCACCGAUGAAGCGCCUUCAGAGCCUCUGAUGCUCGUCCUGGCCCCGGCGCAGCACAUCGCGAGAGAGAAUGGCCCAACAAGCAAAUAUCGGGGAGCUCCUCUCCAUGCUGGAUUCCCCUGUGCUGAGUGUGCGCGACGACGUGACGACCGUCUUUAAGGAGAACCUCUCUUCUGACCGUGGUCCAAUGCUUGUGAACACCUUGGUGGAUUAUUACUUGGAAACCAGCUCUCAGCCGGUGCUGCACAUCCUGACCACCUUGCAAGAGCCACACGACAAGCACCUCCUGGACAAAAUGAAUGAGUACGUGGGCAAAGCUGCCUCCCGGCUGCCUGCCCUGGCGUUGCUGGGGCACGUGGUGAGGCUGCAGCCGCCAUGGAAGCACAAGCUCUCCCAAGCGCCUCUCUUGCCUUCUCUGCUCAAGUGUCUCAAGGUGGACACCGAUGUCGUGGUCCUCACAACAGGCGUCUUAGUGUUGAUAACCUUGCUGCCGAUGAUCCCACAGUCGGGGAAACAGCACCUUCACGAUUUCUUUGAUAUUUUUGGCCGUCUUUCAUCAUUGUGCCUGAAGAAGCCAGGCCACGUGACAGAAAUCUACCUUGUCCAUCUCCACGCCAGUGUUUAUGCUCUCUUCCACCGCCUCUAUGGAAUGUACCCUUGCAACUUUGUCUCCUUUCUACGUUCUCACUACAGUAUGAAGGAAAACUUGGAGACUUUUGAAGAAGUGGUCAAGCCAAUGAUGGAGCAUGUGCGAAUUCAUCCGGAAUUAGUGACUGGAUCCAAGGACCACGAACUGGACCCUCGAAGGUGGAGGAGGUUAGAGACGCACGACGUUGUGAUCGAGUGUGCCAAGGUCUCACUGGACCCCACGGAGGCCUCGUGUGAAGAGGGCUAUUCAGUGUCUCUCCAGCUCUCCACCCGCUUUCCUCAUCGUUGUGCUGAUGUCACCGCCAGCCCCUCCGCCGACACCCAGAAUAGCUGUGGGAGUGCUGCUUCUACCCCUUACUCCACUCCUCGGCUGAUGUUAAAUACUCCAGGGCAGCUACCUCAGACUCUGAGCUCCCCCUCGACACGGCUGUUAACUGAGCCACCACAAGCCACUCUUUGGAGCCCGUCUACGGUUUGUGGUAUGACCACUCCUCCGACUUCUCCUGGAAACGUCCCACCUGAUCUGUCCCACCCUUACAGUAAAGUCUUUGGUACAGCUGGUGGAAAAGGAACCCCCCUGGGAACCCCAGCGACCUCUCCUCCUCCAGCCCCGUUCUGCCAUUCUGAGGACUGCAUGCACGUUGCAUUCCCGCAGGCCCCAGCUGUGGCCCCCAAGAAGGAAGAGAAGACAGACGCUGCCAGGCCCUGUCUCCACAGACAGCCCCAUCUUCCGAAUGACCGAGGAUUAGAAGAGCUCCCUGGUGGCAAAGGCUCCGUCACGCUGAGCGACCUUCCUGGGUUCCUGGGUGGCCUGGCCUCUGAGGAGGACAGUAUUGAGAAGGACAAAGAAGAAGCGGCGAUAUCUAAAGAACUUUCUGAGCUCACGACCGCUGACACCGAGCCCCUGGUUCCUCGAGGAGGGUUUGACUCUCCCUUCUACCGAGACAGUGUCCCGGGCUGUCCGCGGAAGACCCACUCGGCCGCCUCCAGUGUGCCCGGCGCCAGUGUGAACCCUGAGCCUUUAAACUCCUCCCUGGACAAGCCCGGGCCUGACACACCAAAGCAAGCCUUUACUCCCAUAGACCUGCCCUGUGGCGGCGCUGACGAGAGUCCGGCCGGCAGCAGGGAGCGCCAGCCUUCCCUGGAGACCAGCAUCCUUACUCCCAGCCCUUGUAAAAUUCCACCUCAGAGGGGAGUGGGGUUUGGUAGUGGGCAGCCUCCCCCCUACGAUCAUCUUUUUGAGGUGGCCUUGCCAAAGACUGCCCAUCAUUUUGUCAGCAAGAAGACGGAGGAACUCUUAAAGAAAGCAAAAGGAAAUGCUGAGGACGACUGCACGCCCUCUACCUCCCCGGCGGAAGUGCUGGAUAGGCUGAUACAGCAGGGUGCCGACGCCCACAGCAAGGAGCUGAGCAAGUUGUCUUUACCCAGCAAGUCUGUGGACUGGACCCACUUUGGAGGCUCGCCUCCCUCAGACGAGGUCCGUACCCUGCGGAACCAGUUGCUUUUACUGCACAACCAGCUGCUCUAUGAGCGUUUUAAGAGGCAGCAGCACGCUCUGCGGAACAGGCGGCUCCUCCGGAAGGUGAUCAAGGCCGCAGCGCUGGAGGAGCACAAUGCCGCCAUGAAAGACCAGCUGAAGCUUCAAGAGAAGGACAUCCAGAUAUGGAAGGUUAGUCUGCAGAAAGAGCAGAACCGGUAUAGCCAGCUGCAGGAGCAGCGAGACACGGUGGUCGCCCAGCUCCAUAGCCAGAUCCGCCAGCUGCAGCACGACCGGGAGGAGUUCUACAACCAGAGCCAGGAGCUGCAGACAAAGCUGGAGGACUGCAGGAACAUGAUCGCAGAGCUCCGCGUGGAGCUGAAGAAAGCCAGCAGCAAGGUGUGCCACACGGAGCUGCUGCUCAGCCAGGUUUCUCAGAAGCUCUCAAACAGCGAGUCGGUCCAGCAGCAGAUGGAGUUCUUGAACAGGCAGCUGCUGGUUCUCGGGGAGGUCAACGAGCUGUACCUGGAGCAGCUGCAGAACAAGCACUCGGACACCACAAAGGAAGUGGAAAUGAUGAAAGCGGCAUAUCGGAAAGAACUAGAAAAAAACAGAAGUCAUGUCCUCCAGCAAAGUCAGAGGCUUGAUACCGCCCAGAAGCGGAUUUUGGAACUGGAAUCUCAUCUGGCCAAGAGAGACCACCUUCUUCUGGAACAGAAGAAGUACUUAGAGGAUGUCAAGGCCCAGGCAAGAGACCAGUUGCAGGCUGCAGAGAGCAGGUACGAGGCUCAGAAAAAGAUCACACAGGUGUUUGAGCUGGAGAUCCUAGAUUUAUACGGCAAGCUGGAGAAAGAUGGCCUCCUGAAAAAACUUGAAGAAGAAAAACCAGAAGCAGCCGAAGCAGUGGAGGAAAGUUCUUACAGGCUCGACUGCUGUCAUGAUGGCUGCUCGGAGUCCACCUUUGGGCACAGCGAAGAGGCCCCUGGCCGCAAUGGUGAGACCAAGCCCCCCCGACCUGGCAGCACUCGGGGCAGUAGUAGCAGCAGUGAGCUCUCUACCCCGGAGAAGCCCCCCAGCCAGAGGGCGGGCCCGUUCAGCAGUCGGUGGGAAACGAGUGUGGCCGAGCCCUCGACCAGCAUCCCCACGACGGUCGGCUCACUUCCCAGUUCCAAAAGCUUCCUGGGCAUGAAGGCCCGAGAGCUGUUCCGUAAUAAGAGCGAGAGCCAGUGUGAUGAGGACGGCGUGGCCAUCAGUCGCCUUUCCGAGACCCCAAAGACGGAACUGGGCACAGACUUGGGUGCGGAAGCCAAGACCCCCCUGGGCCCAGGUGGCCCGCACCCGUCUCCCCCUAACCCGGACAGUGCUGGACAGCUCCGUAUCAUGGACUACAACGAGACUCAGCACGAACACAGCUAGGGGGACGGCCGCUCAGUGUUAGCUCGGUAGCGCUGCCUAGCGCAGAGGCACGCACGCACGCACGUCUCGCGUGCUCCCGUUCCCGGGGCCGGGCGGCUAGCUCGCACCGUGGGAGCGGGAAGGAGGUCCUUUGGAUAGUUGACUGGAUGUGGAACGGUUUUUGGAUCUGGCAUUGAAAUGCCUCAACCCUCCCCCGCCCUGCCCCAGCUCCCCCACCCCCCAGCAGCGUGUUCAAAGCCGAGGCGGUUUGCGUCCUCACUAGCUUUAUUGUUUUCCUUUUCCCCAAACGGUCGCCUCCUCUGAACCUGUGCAAUAUGAGGCCAAAUUGAGUCUGUGCAUCUAACACACCAUUCUCCUCUCCUGAGGCUCAGACAUCUGGGUCGGCCCAGGUAGUUGGUGGCGUUGCAGGUAAGUCCAGUUUGUCCCUCUCUGGAGGAUGUCUCGUGAACACUGACCAUCUUCCCCCAGAAGCUUCGAUGGAGACGUUUUCACAGCUAUGUGGUCCUGAAGUUUAGCAGCUAAAGCAGCAGAUCUAGAAAAACAGCGGUUUGUGCACCCUCAUGUUCUUUUGGUUGUUCUGAGAAGCUUCCUAGAAAGUUCUGAGCGCGUGAACCUGUGUUGUCUGGAAGGUCUGGGCUUGGCCCUGUGGAGGCCGUGUCUCCCCUGGGCGCCCUGCCCCUCCCACCCCAGUCCCUUGUAUUUAUUUGGUGUUUGCUUGGGAGCCACUUCUGUGCCAUCCAGAGGCCGCUGUGGGGUGCUCGGCCUGCUCCAGGCAGGAUGGGAGGCCGGUGCCUCAGCAGUAGCCCAAGUCCCUUGUGGGAGGACUGGGGCCUCGGCAGGCCGCGUGGCAAGCCAUGGUCAGACUCCUGCCCUCAACCUGCCCCUUGGUUCCCAAGGCCUCGAGUCUGCGUCAGAUUCUUUGUGACGCUGCAGAAAAAUCCCAAAGGCCCAAAGAGUUCCCACUGUCCCUCAGGCUGCUAGUUGCCUCGCUGCCCCAGGCUGCAGGCCGGCUUUCCACUCCAGUGCUGACUUCAGGGCCCACUGCAGGGGAGCUCUGUGCUGCCGCCCUCCCCGGUUAGCCGUGGGGGGCCUGUGAGCAGGGUCCAGGGGUGCUGGCAGAGGCUACCUGCCACAGGCCCGCUCCACUGCCCACGCUCGCAAGGUGAUACCUGGCAGAGGCCUGGGCACAUGGAGCACCUCACCCAGCGAAUACUCCCAUGCUGGACACCUGGGAGCCGUGGCUGCGUUCCCGCUGAGACCAGGGGAGACUGGGAGGGAGCCGAGUACCGGCUGUCCUCGCCGGCCUCUCAGUCCCCAGGGUGGUGGGAGAGACAGGCCGUGAUGGUACGAAGCCUCCCGCUUGCGCGGGCACUGGUGUCCCUGAAUGCGGGAGCCCGCUGCCAGCUGCCGGCGUGGGUGCGGGCAGACACCCCUUGGGGAGGCUGCUGUUGCCCACAUGGGGCGGUGCCACACGUUCCGAGCAGCUGUAUCCACAGGACAGCUGCAGUCGCGUGUGCUCUCGUCUCCCAGUGGGCUUAGUUUUAGCGAAGGAAAACACGAACAAAUUCAGAAAGGAAAACGUGUUCGGGGUGGCUACAGAAGCCGCUGCUCGUGCGCCCCCUCGCCCAGCCCAGGAGAUCUGCUGCAGCGCAGGUGCCUGCUCACCCCGGGGCAUCCC